AUGGAACGCAGAUGUAGCCACAAGAGACAGGGGAGUAUCGAAAUGUUGGAAACAAUUGGAGUGGUGAAGAAAGAGAAUGGCAGCAGUAAUCUGCUUCUGCUACCUGCGCACUCCCCUCGGUCUUUUGACUAUGUUCUGGUGAGCCAGAACUCAGAAGAUAAUGAGAGCAAAGGGAGUGUGAAGAAGGAGAGGGACUUCAUUAGUGCUUUAAAGGACAAGAAUCUGCAGAUAAUGAAAUUUGUUGAUGAUGAUAACAUUUUCUAUGGAAUCAAAGCCCCAAAAGAGAUUUUUGAGACAUACAAACAUCUACUUAAAGUGUCUGAUGCCUGUAAUUGGAGCUGUGCGCAUCAGGGUCAUAUACCACAAUCAACGAGGAUACGGAUAGUUGACUUUAUCUUGCACCAUUCCAGCAUAAACACUGAAGGUGGACCAGAGUUCCUGUCAGACCUUAUUAAAAGCAACGUGUUUGCAGCUCAGUUUUGUCUACAUGAGAAAGAGGAACAAAAAGUAUUGAGAAAAAGCUGGGCUCGGUGGACGGCCUGUUUUAAUGGGCAACCCAUAACGAAUGUAAGGAACUACUUUGGGGAGAAAGUCGCUUUGUAUUUCCUGUGGCUGGGAUGGUACACAUUUCUGCUGAUCCCUGCUGCUGUGCUGGGGAUCAUUGUCUUCCUUUAUGGCCUAGCAUUCAUCAAUACUGAUCCUCUCAUAAAGGAAGUGUGUGAAUCGGACACUAUCAUGUGUCCACUGUGUGAUAAGAGAUGCAGAGUCUGGCAGCUCUCUGAUACGUGCACAUUUGCAAAGUUUAGCAUGCUUUUCGAUAAUGAGGGAACAGUCGCAUUUGCAAUGUUUAUGGCAGUCUGGGCUACUGUGUUUUUAGAGUUCUGGAAAUGCCACAGAGCAUCAUAUGUAUAUGAGUGGAAGGUCUUUGACUGGUGUGAAGAAGAGGAGGAGCUGAUUCUGGAAAUUGUGAAUAAUUAUAACUGUGAACCAAGGAAUCAAAGUCACUCCUACCUACGGAGCACAGUAAUAAUGGUGUUGGUGACACUCAUGCUGCUGCUGAUCAUUGGCUUGACACAUGCCUUGGUGGUCUUCAGGGUAAUAGCCAGCGUGGAGUUUGCUAAGCACACUGACUGGCCGUUCCUCAGUGAAAACUCCAUUAUAGUGGCUUUCUUGCUAGCAGCUGUACUGCAUUUCAUCACAAUAACAGUCAUGACUCAUGUCAAUCGAAUAGUGGCCCUAAAGCUGUGCGAAAUUGAGAAAGUACGGUCCCACGAUGCCAUUGAAAGGAGUUUCACAGUAAAGAUGUUCACCUUCCAGUUCUUCACUCUUUUCUCCUCACUCAUUUACACUGCAUUCUUCCUUGGCAGGAUAAAUGGACAUCCUGGGGGUUAUGUGAGGAUAGCUGGAAUCUGGAGAUUAGAGGAGUGCCACCCUAGUGGUUGUCUGAUGGACCUGUUCAUUCAGAUGGGCGUCAUCAUGUUCCUCAAACAGACCAUCAGCAAUGUGAUUGAGUUCUCUGGCCCUUGGUUCAUGCGCUGGUUGAAGAGAAGGAAGAGUCGGAAACUGAGGAGAAAAGUUUGUCAGUGCUUGAAGAAAGAAUGUAUGGUAGCCACAGCAGGGAGUGCUGAACUGUGUGACAAUUGCAAAAUUAAAGAUCUGCUCAGGAACUUUGAUCUGAAGCAUGUCGACAGCUUCAGCCUUUUCAAUGAGUUCCUAGAGAUGGUUCUGCAGUUCAGUUUCACCACCAUCUUUGUGGCGGCGUUUCCUCUGGCUCCUCUGCUGGCUCUGCUCAACAACAUCAUCGAGAUCAGGCUGGAUGCCAUAAAAAUGGUCACCUUGGAGCGCAGGCUGCUGCCCAAGAAGACCAAAGACAUUGGUGUUUGGACAGAUGUGCUGGAAAUAAUUGGUGUGCUAGCAGUCAUUGCUAACGGUAUGGUCAUUGGGAUUACGUCUGAUUUUAUCCCUCGUUUGGUAUAUCGCUACCGCUAUGGACCCUGUGCUUCCUCCAAUGCUACUGAUGUUGAUUGUAUGUCUGGUUAUAUCAAAAAUACUCUGUCCAUUGCUAAUAUCAAUGAUGAAAACAUCCGAAGAGACUUUUUACCACUACAGCUGAUUACGCACAAUCAAAUGAAUGUGACAUACUGCAGCUAUAAAGAUUAUCGGAGUAAUGAGGACUAUACCUUGACCAGUCAGUUUUGGGUCAUCCAGGCAGUCCGUUUUGCUUUCAUCAUUCUAUUCGAGCAUGUGGUGGUGGUGUGUAAGAGCAUAGCAGGGUGGUAUGUCCCAAGCUCUCCUUUAGAGGUGAAAAACAACAGGCUAGAAGACAAACUGCACAGACUCAAGAAAGAGCUGAGACCUGAAAGAGAAAGAUGUACUCUGUCUGAGAAUGCCUGA